UAAUUCGUAUAUUUGAACAACGCUAACUCCAGUUUAUCACAAUCAUCAAAAUGCAAUCAUCAAUCAUCAAAAAAAGACUAAACAGUAAAAUGGCGGAAAGUAAUGAUCCCGAAUAUAAGAAAAUGAUAGAUGGUCUCAAUAAAUGCGAAGCAAAAAUUAAAGAAAAAGGCCUGGGUUCGGAUUUGGGUUUAAUAUGUUUUCUAUGUGAGAAAAAGCAGGAAUUAACAGGAAAUCUUUCACGCAUAACAAGCAAAAAACAAUUUCAUGAUCAUAUAAGAAGAAAUCACAAGCAAUAUUAUGAAACAUUAAGAGUUGCAACGAUUGCUAGCCGGACUUCGUUUCAAAUCACCAUCGAUGAGCCAUCGACGAGUGCAAAUUUGAUGGAUCAAGAGCCAUCGACGAGUGCAAGUUUGAUGGAUCAAGAGCCAUCGACGAGUGCAAGUUUGAUUGAACAACAGCCAUCGACGAGUGCAAGUUUGAUUGAACAACAGCCAUCGACGAGUAGAAGUUUUAAGGAUAAAGAUCAAGACAUUUCUGGAGCAGGUCAAAUAACCAUACUUCAUGAAUUUGAAUAUCAAGAUUAUAUGGAUAUGAUGCAAGAACAAGAACAAGAAGAAAUUCAAAGUGAUGACGAAGGUAACAUCGAAAUACCAUACAUUUUUUUGAACGAAGAAAAUUUAAAAGAAUUUGAAGCCGAAAUUUUGCCAACAAAAGAUGACCAUGAAUCCAUAUUUUUGGACAACUUAAUGCGAACAAGAUGGGCAGAACUUUAUGAAAAGUUCCUUUUGGAUGUUAAUUGGUGGAGAUAUAGUGAAAAUAUGAACAUGCAAACAAUCAAUAAAAUUAUUCCAUCCUUGAUUGGAUAUUGUUUGCCUGUAUUACCGGAUAUUGAAGCAAAUAUUGAAUGUAAAGAAGUAUAUUCAAAUAUGCAAAGAAUAUCCGAGAGCAGAUAUUUUCUAAACCAAUUCGUUCAGAAAUUGCCCACAUUCGUAAAACCAGGUAAAGUAAUCAAAUUAAUUGAAUAACUAAAAGUGAUUAUUAUUUUUUUACUGAAGUCCAUGAGCGAUGGGAAUCAAAAAAUCCAUCGUACAAAGCAGAAUUC